GUUUGCCAAAUACCAACCAAUAGGAGAGUGGUACUUCGUUUCUUUGCAGUUGUCUCACAGUAACAAUGGCUGCAAUGGCUUCUACGUUCUUCUCGAGAACAACUCCAACUGUACCGCGUAGAGCCAUUGCGAAUUCAGUCCCCAACUUUGCACUCUCAAAAUCGCUAUUGAACGCUAAACGCCAAAAUUCAAUUAUAGUGUCUGCGAUUCGAGAUGACGAUAAUUACAAAUCCUUCAGUUUUGAGCUUCCCGAUGAUGGCUCCAACAGUUUGAAGAAGCUUUUAGAUUCUUUCUUUGUGGUCUGUACCUCAGUCGCCUUGUCGGCUUGCUUAUUUGUAGCUGAUGUUGAUUCGGCCUCGGCCUUUGUAGUCACUACGCCGAGGAAAUUGCAGACCGAUGAGCUCGCCACAGUUCGUCUUUUUCAGGAGAACACUCCUUCAGUUGUCUACAUCACUAAUCUUGCUGCUAAGCAGGACGCGUUUACAUUGGAUGUGUUGGAAGUUCCCCAAGGAUCAGGAUCAGGGUUUAUAUGGGAUGCGCAGGGCCACGUCGUCACGAAUUAUCAUGUGAUCCGGGGUUCAUCUUAUCUCAAGGUUACACUUGCUGACCAGAGCACUUAUGAUGCAAAAGUUGUUGGAUUUGACCAAGAUAAAGAUGUUGCUGUUCUGCGAAUUGAUGCACCAAAAGACAAGUUGAGACCUAUCCCAAUUGGCAUAUCUGCAGAUUUGCUUGUUGGUCAAAAAGUAUAUGCUAUCGGAAAUCCAUUUGGCCUUGACCACACACUUACAACUGGUGUUAUCAGUGGACUCCGAAGGGAAAUCAGUUCUGCCGCUACAGGACGUCCGAUCCAGGAUGUCAUCCAGACUGAUGCUGCAAUUAAUCCGGGCAAUAGUGGAGGGCCACUUCUUGACAGUUCAGGAAACCUUAUUGGGAUAAAUACAGCCAUAUACUCUCCAUCUGGUGCAUCGUCUGGUGUUGGAUUUUCGAUUCCUGUUGACACCGUAGGUGGCAUUGUUGAUCAGUUGGUGAGGUUUGGGAAAGUCACCAGACCAAUUUUGGGGAUAAAGUUUGCACCUGAUCAGUCUGUGGAGCAACUCGGAGUUAGUGGCGUUCUUGUAUUGGAUGCUCCUCCAAAUGGGCCGGCUGGCAAAGCAGGUCUUCAAUCUACUAAACGUGAUGCCUAUGGCAGACUUAUUUUGGGCGACGUAAUUACAUCUAUCAAUGGAAAGAAGGUCUCUAAUGGCAGUGACCUGUACAGAAUUCUGGACCAAUGCAAAGUGGGUGAUAAGAUAACUGUGGAAGUACUAAGAGGUGAUCACCUUGAAAAAAUCCCAGUAUUCCUCGAACCAAAGCCCGAUGAGUCAUAGUGUUGCUGAUGUUGUAAUUUUUACUGUGAAUUCAAAAGGAAGAUGCCUAUCAUUAAGGUGUACUCUUUGCUUCUCAAUAUUGAGAACUGUAAAUAGUCCACAUACCGUGCUGUUGUAUCGUAAAGCAAUUGCCAGUGUGCAGUGUUCUGUAGAGCUACCUUAUUUAGAGAAUCCACAACAGAGCAUGCUCUUCUAGUGAAGCUCCACUUAUUUGUACUUCUGCCUGGUCUAAAAGUUUUAAAGCGAUAAUCUUUUAACUUGUGUUUGCACAUAGGUUGUUUGAUCUUA